AUGUCGUUUGGGAGAACGGAGGUGAUUGACAACACUCUAAACCCAGACUUUGUCAGGAAGUACAUCCUGGACUACUUCUUUGAGGAGAAGCAGAAUCUACGCUUUGACGUAUACGAUAUCGAUUCCAAAAGUCCAGAUCUGGCGAAGCAUGACUUCUUGGGGCAGGUGUUCUGUACUCUGGGAGAGAUCGUAGGAUCCCCCGCCAGUCGACUGGAGAAACCCCUGGGUGGUAUCCCUGGGAAGAAAUGUGGCACCAUUAUCCUUUCAGUCGAGGAGCUGGGGAACUGCAGAGAAGUUGCCACCAUGCAGUUCUGUGCCCACAAGCUGGACAGGAAAGACUUCUUUGGGAAGUCGGACCCCUUCCUGGUCUUCUACCGGAGUAACGAGGAUGGAACGUUUACUAUCUGCCACAAGACGGAGGUUGUGAAGAACACUCUAAACCCAGUGUGGCAGGCCAUCGCCAUUCCUGUCAGAGCACUGUGCAAUGGAGACUUCGAUAGUGGUUUGCAGAAGAGGAUGUCUUCCCCAUAA